AAAUAAAAUGCUGUUUGCUUUAAUUUGCGUGAUUGCAUCGUCAAAGACAAAGUGACGUCAGACGCACGCAUAGCAACCAUCAUGGCGGCGGUGAAGCUUCGCAGUAGCGAGGCCUUUAUACAUGUUGAAUAUGAUGACUUCCGGUGAAACACGAGUGUUUUGAGCAUGGGAGUCCUGACAGAGUUUCUCACCAUGGACACAAAACCAGGGUAUUGUCACGGCUCAUCUGGUAAACGGAUGAAUCAGUACAUGAUUAAAGAUCAUAUGCUUUCACAUUACAGAAAGCUUUAUUCAGCCAAAGCUGCUGUGGAUUGCUCCGUGCCUAAAAGCAUGCAGUGUAAUGUCAAAUAUGUUGAUCGGAAACGCCGUGAGCAGCUGAAGAAAGACUUGCCGAGUCGCUCUGGAAGAUCUGAGUCACAGAGAAGCACCAGGUUCAACUCGAGAGCCUCCUGUUCUUCUAAAAAUAGUGGAGCCUCGGUUCACGGCGACAACACCUUGGACCAUUCAGUGAUGUCAUCACCCAGGAUCAGCACCUCAUUCCAUUCCAAGCAAAUUGUGUAUCCGUCUCAAAUUGUUCUUGCAAAUCAUUUCCGGUCUUCCUCCGAGUUACAUGGAUACAGAAGCCCAAACCUUGUGUCGGGCCAUUUAUCGUCCGUCGGUCAAAGACAAUACAAAACCUUUCAGGAUCCGACACAGAAGACCUACAGCGGUGACGUGCUGUUAAAACACGCUCAUCGCUUCACGCAAGAGAAACUCUUUACACCGAGAACCUUGAAGUCCAAUCACAAGUCUACACUCGUACAAUAUCGCUAUUACACACCGCCAAAGAGGAAGGACGAACAGAAAAGGUCUCCCUCUUUUCAAAUGACUCGACAGGAGAGCUCACAGUCCAAGCGAGGCUUUUCACCGCAGUUAGAUUCACCACAGGCAUUUAGUGUCGUUCACGAGUGGUCGGAUGAGGAAUCAGAUUCAUUCAGACGUCACAGGACAGCAGAUUUUCUUCUGUCGUCCUCCAGGGUUUCACCAGAGGGCAUGAAGUCUCCCAUAAUGAGAAAAGUUACAGAGGAGGAAGAAGAAUUAAUGUACCUGGAGUUUAUGACAGACGUGACGAAUGAGAUCUUAGCGCAGGGUCUUUACUCUGACAGGGUCCUGAAGAGGGUUUUUGAACGUCACAUUGAUAUGAACAGACAUCGAUUAGAUGAGAACAAAAUGCGCCACCUCCUGGACAACCUGCAUAAUGACCUGCAAAAACCCUCCGAGGUGUCCGUCUCGUUCCUGAGCAUCCAUGAAUCUGACAAACCUUCAAAGCUCAGACAAGAGCUGUCAUCAGUGAUCAGAGACGAUGCUGGUUUUAUUUCUCAUGCAGUGUUCGAUGAGGUCAGAGGUCAGAGAGAGAACAUCACGUCCACACCAGUGAAUGACAGCCUGCUGGAAAGCUCUAGUUCACUCCAUAUGGAGAAAGUUGAAAAGGAGCCAGAGUUAAAUCUUGAGAUUAACCCUGACGCAGGCUGUGAAAUGUCUCUGAAUGAUAAUGAACAUGUCACCGGUCCUGAGGAGCAUCUCAGAAACACCACACGUGAUCAUGGACUGUUAGAACAGGUAGAUGAAAUUGGGAAAAGCAUGAGAGAGUUGUUAAAAGUGUCAGAGAGUCAAAAGAACCAGUUUAAGGAAGAGGAGAUGACAGACAAACUCAGUGAUGAUGAGUUUUAAACUCUUUCAGUGGUCUAUGAAACUUCUGAUAAAUCUUUAUUUGCUAUUUUUUAAACUUUGCAGAAUUUCUGAUGGUCUUACGUUUUCUUCUAUUUCUUUUUAUUUCUUCAUCUCUGUACUGUACACACAAUCGUAUAAUUGUCAUCAAGAUUUGUUCCAGUUUUUUUCGACACCAUAUUUUCUGCUGUAUCACUUGUUAUGGUUAGAUUUCUGAAGUUUGUUUCUUUUUAAUUUGUUGGUUUAUUAAUUUAAGCGUUUAUUGGUCAUGUAGUGAAGGUAAGAUUCAGAUGCCUUCCAGUGUGAGGUCAAGCCGAGAUUCUUCUGAAAGUUUACUGUUCAGUUUCUUGAGUUUUUCAGUGUUUCAGUUAAAGAAGCACAUGACAGGGACAUUUGCAGUAUUAAUAUAGUGAUAUUUAUGUGGAAGAACUGGAGUUACAGUUUAACACUGAAAUGUACACAGCUUUUACUGCUGAUUUAUUGUAAUAAUAUUUUAUUGACUUUGCAUUGUGUUGUGUAUAUUUUCUUAUUUGUUUUAACUAAACCAUUGUAAAUGAAAUCAGCUCUUUCGAAACCAUUCAGCCGUACACGAGAGUUCAGUCGGAAGCGAUUUGUUUGUUUGUGCUGAAAAUUGAAGUUUUAACCAUCAGUGGCUUAACACGCAUCAAGUGUGAUACUUGAUUAUUAAUGCUGGUCGUUUGUGACACUGAAACACACAAACCUCAUUCAAAAAUGUAUUCUCUUUUGUACCUGCUGAUUUUCUGAUCUCUGUACAUAUGAAAAUACCUUUUUAUGUGUGUUUUUUUUAAAUGACUUGACAAAUGUAUUUUGGUUUACUGAUAGUGAAUAUGCAUAAUAGAAAUGCUGUGGCAAUCCCAUUUGUUGAUGUGUUUAUUUUUGUGUGUUUAUUAUUAACUCAAGUUAACAACACAUUAAACAUUUUACUUUACUCUACUAAAAUCAAAAGUCUUGAUACACUACUGUUCAAAAUGGGGCAUUUGUGUGAAAUGUUUCUCUUGACCUUUUUAACCCUUUUGAUUGAAGACUGAUUACACUGAAGAUUAUGAAAUAUAGGCUAUAAUAAUGUGUAUUCUAUAAUGCUGGUGAGUUUGCUUUGCUAUUAUUAUAAAAUACGGAAUAAAUAAUUAUUGUGACCGUAAACUGUAGUGUGUGUACACAUGACUUACUGAGACCGCGCUCAUUCCACACAUUCCAAGGCUCUGACGUA